GUUUCAGAGCUGAGAUGCUUUGGAAAUUACCCAGAGCACAUCUCCAAGAACUACAGAUUCUCCUUCCAGAAGGGACAGUCAAACAGGCACACCCACCUUGGAAAAGAAAAUGCAUUGUGUGACUCUGUUCGGGUUCUUGUGGCUUUACUAUCAUCUCUACUACAGCGAAGCAGUGCCCAUUCGGAAAGUCCAAGACGACACUAAAACCCUCACCAAGACCAUCAUCACCAGGAUCAAUGACAUCUCACACAUGUACUCAAUCUCUGCCAAACAGAGGGUAACUGGCUUGGACUUCAUCCCAGGACUUCAUCCCUUCCAGAGUUUGUCAGACAUGGACCAGACUUUGGCCAUCUACCAGCAGAUCCUUUCCAGUCUGUCUUCCAGAAACAUGGUACAAAUAUCCAAUGACCUUGAGAACCUCAGGGACCUUCUCCAUUUGCUGGGCUCCUUAAAGAGCUGUCCCUUCGAAGAAGCUGAUGGUUUGAGUGCUUUGGGGAAUUUGGAAGGUGUCAUGGAAGCCUCGCUGUAUUCCACAGAGGUGGUGACCCUGACCCGACUUCAGAAGUCCUUGUACAGCAUGCUCCAACAGCUGGAUCUCAUCCAUGGUUGCUGAAGCCAAAAAAGGUUUCUCUCCCCUGUUUCAUGACAACCCUACAGUAGAAAACAUCUUUAGGUUUCUUCAGCAAAACCUAGGCUUUUGACU